GGACGAGAAGAAGGAAAGCAAUGAAGAUGCGGGAUCAAAAGAGAAGCCCGUUGGCGACUUCGAUUUCCUGAAGAAAAGUUUUGUUAGGAAGUGGGAUGAGGAAAUUGCACACUCGCGGAUGACGCUGGAUCAAUUUUACUACGCAACUGUACCGGACACCAAAGAUCGUGACAACGACCAGGUGCUCUCAAGAUACUUGCAGAUGCAGAAAAUAAAGGUCAAGUAUGCGAAGGACCCGGAAAGGAUGGAUCAAGAAAUCAGGAAACUGCGUGCAAAUGAAGGCAAAGGAAACGAAAAAGAAACGAUUCUGACGGUUGACCAGUUAUGGCUGUGGGUGAUAGACGAGAAGACAAUCAUCACAGCAACCACAGAGUCAUCCCAGGGAAUCGACGAUAUUGUGUUUGAAGAUGUCGUUGACAAUCUGGUAAUUGGAGAGCACGAUGGUGCCUUUCACCGACCAACGACUGUCAGUGAAAUGAUGGAGUUGAUUAUUGGCGCUGCAACAAGAUUAUUUGUCAAACAACAUAGUUCACUUUCCGAGGGAAACGGCCUGGGCAAAAAAGGAGUGUUGGAUGUCUUUGAUGAGUCUAUCCGAGAUGUGGCUGAUCGCGAAAUGAGGCUCUUUGAUCGAUUCAGGAAAAGUCUUGCCAGAGCAGAAGAAGGGAAAAGGGCCACCUCAAAGGACCUAACCAAAGACCAAGGCUCUACUAAUGAGACAAUGACCUCGAAUGACAAAGGCCAUCUCCCUUCUGAAGAAGCCGAGGUGAACUCCAUCUCCGAAGAGACGAAACUUCUGCGGGAAAUCAAGGAUAUUUGUGAUGAGCUGAAUAUUCUGAAAACCCUAGUCGAGGCCCAGGAGACUGUGUGGAAACAGGCGUUCCGUGUCGAAAACCUAGAGAAUGGGCGUUUUGAGUAUAAGCAUUCUUGUACACCGGCUACUGUUAGGGCUGAACUUGAGGAGACAAUUCAUAAUGCCCAGGACGUACUGAAAUCGAUUUAUACUCUGCUGGACUUGCGACAAAAGCAGGCCAGCCUGAAAGAAGCCGAAUUCGGACGGAAACAAUCAGAGGCAACUGCCCAGCAGUCCGAGGAGACGAUGAAGCAGUCCAAGACCGUCAUGGUUUUCACUGUAGUGACCAUUGUCUUUCUCCCUCUAUCAUUCUUGACUUCACUCUUUGCACUAAAUGUAUCCGACUUUCCUCACCGCGGUGACAAUGUGGAGUAUCGCGGCUGGUGGAUAUUCCCUAUUCUCUUCGGCACCUCUGCUGCAUUGUCUAUUCCAUGUGUCCUCCUUGCAUUCAAGGUGAACUCGAUUGAAUAUUUCUGGAACAAUCCUGAAAAAUUCAAAACGUUAAUCAAGGAUGUCACAAGCGGGAUUAAGCCUCGGCUUGCUUCUACCACCGCCAGAGCAUCUAGAAAGACUUUGGGAGAUGAAGAGAAAGGGACUCGAUCUAGUGAUUCUGUGUUGAAAGAUAGUCAUUCAUCAUAG